GGCACGGUCCAGGCUGAGCUCAUAUAGUGAACUCUUCAAACAAAUGGACAGGCGGAGCUGCAGGGUCAGCCCCAUCAGCCCAUAUUCCUGCUCUAAGACCACCGUUAUGCCCCCUGGGGCCCUUCUUCUGACAGGCUUGUUAGCACUCAGACCACAGGAUGGGUGGAUUAAACAUUAACCUGUGGUCUGCUCUCUCUCUCUCUCUCGCAAACACACACACACACACUGAAUAAUCACACAAGCUUUUGGAAAGAGUUGGCUGUCAUGUUGUCAGGGACCAACGUUGCAUGGAAGACUUCAGUUUUUUGGAUGAGGAAGUCUGAUGAGUGAGAGUGCCGGCAGCCCGCUCCUCCACCGCAAUGGUCGACAUGGAGAGCCACUACCAUCCCCCUUCGCCCCUGGAGGACUCGGUGCUGGGCAGCCCCCUGUGCGCCGAUGACGACUUCAUGGGAGGCAUGGAGGAGCUCCAGGACAUCUCCCAGUCCAUCGACAACGACGCCCUCAGCUCCUAUAAUGUCCCCGAAUACCAGUCGUCCAGCAAUGGCUCUGAAGGUUCCACUGUUCUAGAUGCCCUGACGCCAGCAUCCAGCCCUUCGUCGGUUGUUUACGGGCUGGCUCCGGGCCAGGAGGACGUCUGCUCUGCCUCCUCAUCGCUCAAUCUGGAGUGUCGAGUUUGUGCUGACCGCGCCUCGGGCUACCACUAUGGAGUCCACGCCUGCGAGGGCUGCAAGGGUUUUUUUCGUAGGACGAUCCGUCUGAAGCUGGAGUAUGACAAGUGUGAGCGCCGCUGCAAGAUCCAAAAAAAGAAUCGCAACAAGUGCCAAUACUGCCGCUUCCAGAAGUGCCUCUCAGUGGGCAUGUCCCACAACGCCAUCCGCUUUGGUAGGAUGCCCCAGUCAGAGAAGCUUAAGCUGAAGGCGGAGAUGGUAACGGGGGACAGGGAUGUGGUAGACCCCCAGGUAGCCGACCAGAAGACGCUGGCCCGGCAGAUUUACGAGGCCUACCUCAAGAACUUCAACAUGAACAAGGCCAAGGCUCGAACCAUUCUCACCGGCAAGACCAGCACCCCUCCUUUUGUCAUCCAUGACAUGGAGACCCUCCAGCUGGCAGAGCAGACGCUGGUGGCCAAGAUGGUCGGCUCAGCGGGAAUUCUGAAGGACAGGGAGGCAGAAGUUCGGAUUUUCCACUGCUGCCAGUGCACGUCUGUGGAAACUGUCACAGAGCUCACAGAGUUUGCAAAGUCCGUCCCCGGGUUCUCCAGCCUGGACCUAAACGAUCAGGUGACUCUUUUGAAAUAUGGCGUGUACGAGGCCCUCUUUGCCAUGCUCGCCUCCAGUAUGAACAAGGACGGGCUGCUGGUAGCGUACGGCUCAGGCUUCAUUACCAGGGAAUUCCUCAAGAGCCUGCGGAGGCCGUUUAGUGACAUGAUGGAGCCAAAGUUCCAGUUUGCAAUGAAGUUUAACGCGCUGGAGCUGGAUGACAGUGACCUGGCUCUGUUUGUGGCAGCUAUUAUCUGCUGUGGAGACCGCCCAGGCCUGGUGAAUGUGGCGCACAUCGAACGGAUGCAGGAGAGCAUUGUGCAGGUGCUACAGCUCCACCUGCUGGCCAAUCACCCCGACGACUCUUUCCUCUUCCCCAAGCUGCUGCAGAAACUUGCUGACCUCCGGCAGCUGGUCACGGAGCAUGCGCAACUGGUGCAGGAGAUCAAAAAGACAGAGGACACCUCACUGCACCCACUCCUGCAGGAGAUCUACAGAGACAUGUACUAAGGGUUGUGGAGAAAUAACCAGGAGAGGCACUCUACAAAUCAUCUCUUUUUUUCAGGGACAGAAAAAGAGUCCUCCGUGAUAAGCUAAGUCAAACCACUCAAACCCCCUGAUGCAGCAAGAGUUAGCUUUGGCUUCUAGUCAGCACAAGAGGUCGUGUGAAGGCCCUGGCAAGAGGCUGAUGAUUGUCUCGGUUUAACGCAGUCCACACUCCAUUGUGUGACAGAAAAGUCAUGUAUGCAAAGACAAUAUGUACACCUGAUUGAGCCCCAAUCUAGAUACAAGUGUAUACAAUCUCUGACCAAAUACUUGGGAAAAAAGCACUAAAUUCUAAUUUUAAGUAUUUGAGGUGGUCUCCAUGGUUAUCCCUGUCCUGACCCUUUAAAAGCCCUAAAAUGAGGAAAGAAAGUGAACUUAAUAGUCACCACUCCAGCAGUAUGCUUGAAAAUAGAUUUUUAUACUGAUGUCAAAGAGCAAAGAGCCAUAUACCCUCACAGCUAACAACACCCAAAUGACUUCAGUGGGCAGCAGCAUUAACACAGUAAUGGUACAGUUUUUAAAGCAAGGCAGCUUAUGCCAAAUUGGCUGCCAAUAACGGCUCUGGUGUUGGGCAUCCAUGCACCAGCACCAACCCCCCGUAAGUCUUCUAAGCCAUAUUGUGUUUGUAAUGAUACUGGAAAUGACCGGUCUUUCAUAUUCUGUUCUCUUCCGAACGACAUCAUCGAGACUCGGUAUGUAUUAUUUACUUAAUACUCAACUUGUCCACGAACUGUACAGGCAAUAGCAUUUUUACACUUCAGAAUCAGAUAGGAAAAAUCUUAGUUUGUAAGAAAUGUUGAAGUUUUUCAAGACUGAAAUGAUCACAACAUGCAUCACAAUGCACGUCUAAAGCUCGAACACACCUGUGAUAUGUUGAUGACACUAUUUUAUACUGGACCUCUGCUAAAUG